AUAACGUCCUUCAUCUGACUUUGAAAAUUUUCUCGCCCGACUUUUCGCCCAUAGAAAGUGCUCAGCGUUUCUCAGCCAUCACAGUCGAUUCCUUGCUAGCAAGCCGAAAGAUAAACAAAAAAGCUAACCAUGUCGAAGAUCGGUAUUAACGGAUUUGGUCGCAUCGGCCGCCUGGUGCUGCGCGCCGCCAUCGAGAAGGGAGCCUCCGUUGUGGCCGUCAACGACCCCUUCAUCGAUGUGAGCUACAUGGUCUACCUGUUCAAGUUCGACUCGACCCACGGACGCUUUAAGGGCACCGUUGCCGCCGAGGGCGGCUUCCUGGUGGUCAACGGCCAGAAGAUCACCGUCUUCAGCGAACGCGACCCGGCCAACAUCAACUGGGCCAGUGCUGGUGCCGAGUACGUGGUCGAGUCCACGGGCGUCUUCACCACCAUCGAGAAGGCCUCCACCCACUUGAAGGGCGGUGCCAAGAAGGUUAUCAUUUCGGCCCCCUCCGCCGACGCACCCAUGUUCGUGUGCGGCGUCAAUCUGGAUGCCUACAAGCCGGACAUGAAGGUGGUCUCCAACGCCUCGUGCACCACCAACUGCCUGGCUCCCCUGGCCAAGGUGAUCAACGACAACUUCGAGAUCGUCGAGGGUCUGAUGACCACCGUGCAUGCCACCACCGCCACCCAGAAGACCGUCGAUGGUCCUUCGGGCAAGUUGUGGCGCGAUGGACGCGGUGCCGCCCAGAACAUCAUUCCAGCCUCCACCGGAGCCGCCAAGGCUGUCGGCAAGGUGAUCCCGGCCCUCAACGGCAAGCUCACCGGCAUGGCAUUCCGCGUGCCCACUCCCAAUGUGUCCGUCGUCGACUUGACGGUCCGCCUGGGCAAGGGCGCAUCCUACGACGAGAUCAAGGCCAAGGUCCAGGAGGCCGCCAACGGACCGCUGAAGGGAAUCCUCGGCUACACCGACGAGGAGGUCGUCUCGACCGACUUCCUCAGCGACACCCACUCGUCGGUCUUCGACGCCAAGGCUGGCAUCUCGCUGAACGACAAGUUCGUCAAGCUGAUCUCGUGGUAUGACAACGAGUUCGGUUACUCCAACCGCGUCAUCGACCUGAUCAAGUACAUGCAGAGCAAGGAUUAAGUAAUGCCCAGAGCACCCACACCCAUACCCGAUAUAUCCGAUCCGCACAAUUAAACGUUAGAGGUGCGGUCAAAUGGGGCGAGAAAAAUCACAUAAUUAAUAUUGCUCCCCGGUGGAGCAGCACGUAUGCGCUAUGAAAUAUGCUUCUGUUUUCGCUUUUCAAUUUACCAGCCACGGAAAAACACAUUGGAAAAAUUUAAAUACAUACAUACAUCCAUAUACACAUAAAUAUGUUUACUGUUGUUGAAUAAAGUUUCACUCUGUGUGUAGUUGUAAAAAAAUUGAUGUUUAAGCAUUUAAA